ACGUGCUGCGGGGAGCGGGGCGCUGAGGCCCUCGGUGGCACGGGGCUGCGGCCACCACGUCCCCGCUCGUGGCCGGGCGGUUUUGGGGCCAUGAGAGCAGAGGACCUGGUGGGAGCGGAGGAGGAGGAGAUGCCGUCCUUCCGCACCACUGGCAGGGCACGGAGCAGCUGCAGCCGGUGCCAGAGGAACCUCUCCCUGCAGACGGCCGUCAAAGUCCUCUACGUCUUCUCCGUCCUGCUCAUCGUGGCCGUCACCGUGCUGGCCGCCCUGGUGUUCAGGAGAGUCGACUCCAUCGCGGGCGGCAUCAGCUCGGCGCAGGCGUACUACGAGGAGAAGAUCCUGGCCAUCCAGGGGGAGAUCCAGGGGCUGGAUGAGAAGACCUCGGGGAACUGCUCGCUGUGCCAUGAGACGGCUGAGCUGGGCCAGGAGCUCGCCAGGCUGCAGGGCGAGCUGGAGGAGAUCCAGAAGAUGCUCCUGGCGCAGGAAAUCCUCCUGGACCGCACCUCCCGCACCCACGAGCUGCUCGCGUCCUCCGGCCAGGAGCUGAGCGCCGAGGUGGCUGGCUGCUCCCUGGCCAUCGGGCAGGUCAACCAGAGCGUGGGGCAGCUCAUGGCGCGGGCCGGGGGCUGGCAGGACGCGGCCGCGGGGCUGCGGGGCUCGCUGCGGGCGCUGGCGCAGGAGCGGCUGGAGGCGCGGGCGGCCGUGCAGCAGCUGAACGUGACGCUGGGGCAGAGCUCCGAGUGGAUCCGCGCCGUGCAGAGGAAGGCGGACGAGGAGACGCUGACGCUGCAGAAGAUGGUGGCCGAGUGGCAGAACCACACGCGCCUCCUGGGCGGGCUGCGGGCGGCCGCCGCCGAGACGGGCGAGAUGGUGAAGGGCCUUCAAAGCAGCGUGGGCGCCGCGGCCCGGCAGGUGGGGCAGAACUCGGAGAGCAUGCACGAGCUGGUGCUGCAGGUGAUGGGGCUGCAGCUGCAGCUCGACAACGUCUCCUCCUCCCUGGACGACCACGAGGAGACGGUGAGCGACCUGCGCUACCACGGCCAGUACGCGCAGAACCGCACGGCCGAGCGCUUCGAGACGCUGGAAGGGCGCAUGGCCUCCCACGAGGUGGAGAUCGGCACCAUCGUCGCCAACGUCAACGCCACCGACAGCCACGUGCACAGCAUGCUGCGCUACCUGGACGACGUGCGGCUCUCCUGCACGCUGGGCUUCCACGCCCACGCCGAGGAGCUCUACUACCUCAACAAGUCCCUCGGCCAGGCCCAGGGAGCCACCGACCGGCUGCGGGAACGUUUCGGCCUGCUCAGCGCCCGGCUGGACUUCGACGUCCGCAACCUGUCCAUGGUCAUGGAGGAGAUGAAGGUGGUGGACAUCCGGCACGGGGAGAUGCUGAGGAACAUCACCGUCUUACGAGGUGUGCCGGGCCUCCCGGGCCCCCGCGGCCUCAAGGGCGACGUGGGCACCAAGGGUCCUGCAGGAAGCAAAGGAGAGAAGGGCGACGCGGGCAGCCUGGGCUCACCGGGCCCCCCCGGCUCCCCCGGCCCCCCGGGUCCCCCCGGUCCCCAGGGAGAGAGGGGACCCCUGGGCGUGAAGGGCUUCCCCGGCCUCAAGGGCACAAAGGGCAGCUUUGGGCUGUCCGGCUCCGAGGGACAGACGGGGCCCAAGGGAGACCUGGGCCCCCCAGGGCCGGAGGGGGGGCCGGGGCCAGCGGGACCCCCCGGUCCUCAGGGAAAACCGGGGCUCCCCGGGAACCCCGGGGCUGUGGGACGGAUCGGCCCCACGGGACCCAAGGGAGACCCCGGGUUGCGGGGCCCCCCAGGACCACCGGGUCCCCCCGGUCCCCCCGGCCCGUGACCCAGCCUUGGAGCCACGCUGAUGG